AUAUUGUAAUUGAUUUGCUCCUUUAGCUAUUUUUUUCUUUCCUUACUUAAAAAAACAUUUUUGAAAGAUCUUUUUAAAAAUACUCAAAUUUAACAGGUUGAUAUUGCAAGGCUAUAGUGUAGUACAGUGUGAUCACCGUCAUGACAGAUUUGGAUAUGCUGUGGAAGGUGCUUUACUACGUUUUUCCGGCGUUAGGGGGUUACAUCCUUACCUCCCUGUACCUCCUGAAGAACCCUCACAUCUUGCAUAAGAAGAAACGGCCAGCUUUCAACAGCAGACACGUUUCUCACAGAGGGGGGGCUGGAGAGAGAAUAGAAAGCACAAUGGAAGCAUUUACACAUGCUGUAAACGAGGGCACAGAAAUGCUGGAGCUGGACUGCCACCUGACGCGCGACGGUCACGUUGUCGUCUCACAUGACGAGAACCUCCUUCGGCAGACUGGACACGACGUCCACAUUUCGUCACUGAAUCUAGAGAGUUUACCGCUGUACAAGGAAAGGCUGGAAGUGACAUUUCACAAAGGCUAUUACAGCACCGGAAAGGACCGGCAGUUCGUACUAUUAGAGGACCUCUUUGAGAAAUUCCCAAACGUGCCUGUGAACAUUGAAAUCAAGGAGGACAAUGACCUACUGAUUAGAAAGGUAUCAUCACUUGUGAAGCAAUAUAAAAGAGAGGCUAUAACCGUGUGGGCCACCGAACAGUCCAAAAUCAUGAAGAAAUGCCGGAACGUUAAUCCAGCCAUGCCCUACAUGUUCACAGUGAGCAGGGGGCUUCAGCUGCUGCUCCUCUACUACAGUGGGCUGCUGCCCUUUGUGCCUCUAGGAGAGAGCUUUCUGCAGUUCUACCUGCCCCAGGUCAUCAACAGAACUUAUAUUCCAGAUUCUCCAGUGUUGAGAAAUGGACUGGUCAUCUCUCUCAUUGAGAAGUUAACCAUGCGAAAAAAUCUGUUUCAACACUUGGUUAAACGCGGAUUGCAGGUAGCUGGCAAUUUUCAUGUUGGUUUGUGUACUCAAAUAUUAUUACCCUCUGCUCUCUUGCCACACGCCAAAGAGACACUGUUGGACAUGGACCCAACUCUGACUCCUUCAAUACAGUUUUCACCACUGGCAUUAACAUAAAAAUAAAAGUUAAAAGUUUGUUAUCGCCACAAAACUGAUCUUAGCUACUUCGAAACAAACAAAUGACUAUGCAAGAGGCGGGAAUGUUGCAUUUCGAAAAGCUCGAGUUCAGCUGGAGAGAUAAAAACGGAGGUUAGAGGCCUAAGCCAAGUGCCGCUACCUGUCGAGGCCCCUGCUUGAAAUACCUCGUCCUACAGGUGCACCUCUUCGUCUGCAAUAAGGAGAUGGACAUCGCAGCAGCGUUUGCAGUGGGAGCUACAGGGGUGAUGACCGACUACC